AUGAAAUUAAGUAACACUCAUUAACUUAAAACUUCAAGACUUGAUGAUUCAACAUCUACAGAUAUUCAUAAUAUGUGUUAUAGUAGAGUUAAUAUACUUACAAAUGAAGUAGAAAAACUUACUGAUGUUCUUGGAACAGCUUCAUAGGAAAUGGAAGUUCUUAAGGAACAUAAUAGAGAUUUAUAAAAUUAAUUAUAAGAAAUGGAAUAAUCUAAUUAAAUUGUAAAGUUUAUAUAAUAUAUUUAGUUAAAUUAAGAAUAUGAUAAUUUAUGUGAUAGAUUAAAGUAGAAAAGUAUUGAAUCUGAAGAAUAUGCAUUUUAAGUUUAAAAAUUAACACUUUAGAAAUAAGUAUUUAAUUUUAAUAUUAUUGUAGGAACUAAGUCAAAAUCUAAAUAAAAUCUUAAAUGAAUUAGAGUAAACUAAUUAAAUUAUUGAAAUUAAAGAUCAAGAAAUUUAAGCAGGCAAACAAUAAUUUAUAACUAAAACAGAAGAAUUAUAGAAAAGUUUAUAAUAAACUUACCAUUUGGAUUAAGCCUUAAGAGUUGUUAAAGAAGAAAAAUUAAAAUAUAUUUAUGAGUAUUAAUAACUCUAGAAAGUUGUUAAAGAACAAUCAGAUUAAAUAAAUGAAUUAUUAGAAAUCAAAAAUGCUUAUGAAGUAUUGAAAAUAGAUUUAGAUGUACUUAGAGUUAAUUACUCUAAUUUAUUGGAUUAAAAAUUAUAAGAAAAAAAAGAAUUAGAAGCUUAAAUUGAUGUAUUACGUGAUAUGCAUGGUUAUACAAUAGAAGAUGCUGAAUUAAAAUUUUCUGUAAAAUCAAUAAAAUAUUAUUUAGAAUUAAAUCAAAUAAGAAAUUGACAAUUUUAAAUAAUUAUAUGACGAAUAAUAUAAAGCUGAAAGAAUGAAUUAUGAAUCUAUUAUUGAUUAAUUGAAAAAUUAAGUUAAUACUUUAUAAUUGCAAUUAUAAAAUGCAGAAUUAUUGAUAACUACUCAUAAAUAGAAUCUAAUGAAUUAAACUUAAUUAACUAUGUUUGAAAAGAAUAACCAAGUUAGUGAAUUGAGAGCUUAAAAUUUUGUUUUGUAAGAAUCAUUAAAAAACAUGAACAGAGAAUUAAAUGAACUUAAAUUAUAGAUGGAAAAUGGAAAUAUUAUAAGAUUUGAUGAUGAUAUAAGAAAAUAAAUAGAAUAUAAAUUAGAUUUAUGUUAACAAAUGCAAAAAGAAAGGGAUGAGUUAAAAAAAGAAAAUGAAUAAUUAAAAAGAGAGAAUAAAUUAUUAAAAGAAAACAAUGAAUUAAUGUCUUAAUAAAUGCAAUAAUAAUCAAAUAUUAGUUAAUUACCUUAAUCAGUAUUGAUAAGUUAAAUUUAACCAUAAGGUACAUAUAUUCAAUUAAAAAUUUAAGGUAAUCCUCCUGGAUAAAAGAUAAGUGAUAGUGAAAAGAUUAAAUAUCUACUUAAAGCAGUUGAUCAACUAUAAAUUGCUAUAAAAGAUAGAGAUUUUGAAAUUAAUAAAUUAUCAUAACUUGCUAGUACUAAUGCAGGAUUAUCAUAAUUGGUGAACAAACCAAAAUCAUAAAUUAGAUUUUAUCAUCUAAACUCAGGGGAUAUGAGUUUAGAAGAUAAAUAUUAAUGA